AUGGAGAAAUUUGUGGUUUUCGUGCGUUCUGAGGCAUCUACUGUCAAUCUUAAAGUGUCAGGAUGUGAAAUAACCGUGUAUAUUCCUGCUUCUGAUCAUACGGAAAACGUACAGCUACACAAAAAUGUUGGUUCCUGGAGUGUCGAUCUAUUGCACAAUAACCCAGGAUUUGGUAAACCAUAUUUGUUGAAGUUAACCAAUCAAGAAAAGGUGCGUUAUUUAUUUAAAUACGAUUUUUCAUGUCUAGUUCAUAUGUAUUUGUGAAUGAUGAAACGAAGAAUAAAAUAUUCAAAACAGAUCUCACGAUCAAUAAUUCAUAAGGAAAUUACAGUAUAUAGAUGAUCAUUCCAAACCUAUGGGGAAGAAUAAAGUGUAAUAUAGUCCUACGACUUGAUCAAAAUUCCAUGAUCCAGUGUAAAAACUGGAAAAGUUUCUUUGAUCAACAAAGUUCUAUUUACAGAUUUGAAAUGUUUCAAAUUUCUAGAAUGACAAGAUAAAAGUUUCCAUUGUUCCUGAACGUGAUUUUAUCAAGACAAGUCUGCUUCAUUGUACAUUUAAAAGUCUAACAGAGUUCUCUCUCACUGGUCCAAACGUGCAAGUGGUGAACUCACAGUACGAUAACACAUUAACUGGAGUGAGUCUUCAACUGAAUUCAGUUGGAAAUGUAAGAAUAUCAUCUCAUCCACUUCAAGUGAAAUCUCUUGACAUCAAUGUGAGGCCCCCUGAAGGUAAGUGCCUUACGAGCAGAGUAACAAUUUCAUAG